AUGGGCCUAGUUCGCACCAAGGCCAAGGGUGUCAUCAAGUACUGCAUGCUCCUGAGUAAUGACUUCCACACCAGCAAGCCUGUGUGCGAGGAGGUCGCCAUUAUCCCGAGCAAGAAACUCUGCGACAAGAUAGCCAGCUAUGUCACCAAUCUGAUGAAGCAGAUUCAGAGAGGUCCUCUGAGAGGUAUCUCUAUCAAGUUAGAGAGAGAGAGAGAGAGAAGAGAUAACUAUGUUCCUGAGGUCUCAGCCCUAGAUCAGGAGAUUAUUGAGGUAGGUCCUGACAAAAAGGAAAUGCUGAAGCUUCUGGACUUUGUCAGUCUCUCGAAACUGCAGAUUUCUCGGCCUACAGUUGGGAUAAAUUUCAAAACACCAUGUGGAGCCAUUUAA